AUGGGUUUCGACGUAUACUGCAAAACUUCACCUGCGCACUGCAAGCUCUGCCACCAGAGACGGGAAAUUCUCCCAACUGCAGGAGUUAUGGCCUCGAAACCCAACUCGUCGAACUAUAGCCCCAUCUCGGCAAGGAACUCGUCCGAUCGCGAAGAUGGGAGCACGACCAUCGGCAAUGCUUCAGAGCGGUUUGGAUUUCUGCCCGAGGUGGAAUCCAAAUACAGGCAGGCACCGAUCCCUCGAAACCGGCGUAUAUUAGACAUCGCAGCCACGAUCGUCCUCACGCUCCUAGCAACCGCAACCGCCCAAGUCAUCUUCAACAAAUUCCUCUCCAACGCCCAGCCAGACGUGCAAAACGCAAUCCAGCGCCUCUACGGCGAGGAGCAGCGGCACAAUCCUCAACACCGGUGCGGCAAUUCCAGCACGGAGGCGGUGCAGCACGGCUGCGCAUUCGACAUGUCGGUCCUGGGCUGGGUCCCGGAGGCCUGCUACGACGACGAGCUCCACCAGCACUUCCUCGACUACGGCUGGCGCUUCUUCGAGGACGAGCUGGGUACCCGAGAGGUUUUUGAGGACCGGCUCGCGGCGAGCGCGGGGACGAGGGAGCCGUUCUGGGUACAGCACGGGUUUCAUGUGACGCAUUGUCAGUUGGCCUGGGAGAGGAUGCAUCGGGCGAUCCAGAGAGGGGCCAGGUUGACGACGCAUCUGUUGAAUUUUCAUCAUACGCAUCAUUGUGGUGGGAUCUUGGAGGCGAGGACGGAUUUGAUGCAGAUCAACGCGCAGAUUUUUCCGUUGCUGAAUACUUGCUAG